GUUCGCUUUUUGGAGCAGCAGAACAAGAUGCUGGAGACCAAAUGGAGCCUCCUCCAGGAGCAGAAAACGACGCGGAGCAACAUCGCUCCCAUGUUUGAGAGCUACAUCAACAAYCUKCGGCGGCAGCUGGACGGGCUCCUGGCGGACAAGGGACGCCUCGAGGGAGAGCUCAAAAACAUGCAGGACCUCGUGGAGGAUUUCAAAACCAAGUACGAAGAUGAGAUCAACAAGCGCACGGCGGCUGAGAACGAGUUCGUGGUGCUCAAGAAGGAUGUGGAUGCUGCCUACAUGAACAAAGUGGAGCUGGAGGCCAAGGUGGAUGCGCUGACGGACGAGAUCAACUUCCUGAGGGCUUUCCAUGAGGCGGAGCUGAACGAGCUGCAGGCACAGAUCUCRGACACCUCUGUGGUGCUGUCCAUGGACAACAGCCGGAACCUGGACCUGGACAGCAUCAUCGCCGAGGUGAAGGCGCAGUACGAGGAGAUCGCCAACCGCAGCCGCGCCGAGGCCGAGUCCUGGUACCAGAGCAAGUACGAGGCGCUGCAGGUGACGGCCGGGAAACACGGGGACGACCUGAGGAACACCAAGAAUGAAAUCACGGAGAUCAACAGGGCCAUCCAGAGGAUCCAGAGCGAGAUCGAGAAUGCCAAGGCCCAGCGAGCCAAGCUGGAGGCGGCGGUGGCCGAGGCCGAGGAGCGCGGGGAGAUGGCCCUCAAGGACGCCMGGGCCAAGCUGGCCGAGCUGGAGGACGCCCUGCAGAAAGCCAAGGCMGACAUGGCCCGGCAGCUCCGCGAGUACCAGGAGCUCAUGAACGUCAAGCUGGCCCUGGACAUCGAGAUUGCGACCUACAGGAAGCUGCUGGAGGGCGAGGAGAGCAGGUUGGCCGGGGACGGAGUUGGCAACGUCAACAUCUCCGUGGUCAGCUCCAGAGGAGGGGGUGGCUACUCCAGCACCAUCCUKGGGGACGGCGUCGGGGGCGGCCUGAGCCUUGGAGCGGGGAUGGGCAGUGGAGCGCUCGGCUUCUCCUCCGGGGGCUCCUCCAAAUCCUACACCAUCACCACCACCUCAUCCACCCGCAGGAGCGUCAGGAAGUAACCCCGAGCACGGAGCUCGGCAUCCCCAGCACCCGGGAGAGGGAAACCGUGCAAACAAAAGCCUCGGUGGUGCCUUUUGCAGGAUGAAUUGGCCGCCAAAUUCCUGCAGUGCUGAGGCUCUGCCCCUGCCCCGCCUGGGCUUGAUCCUGCACUCCUGGACUUGAAUCGCUCCUCUGGGAGCAGGAUCAAGCCCGUGGGGUGAAAUUCAUCCCGGAGAGCAGGUGGGGUGUCCCUGCUGUUACCCUUGUGCUUGGUGCCCCCUGCUCCGGGCUGGGUUUCACCCUUGAAAGGCAAAUCCCACAUUUCUGCAAAAGACCGGAAGAUUCUCUCCCUCUUGACAGGAUUUGGAAGACUCCAGUCCCUCAGGCUCCUYAGCCCCUGCUGAGGGCUCACCCUGGGUUGGGUUUUUUAAAUAUACCAGGAAGAAAACAGCUUUGGGUCUCUCCUUAUUUUCUUUGGAAAAGGCUCAGGGUUGGGAUUCAACAUUCUCCUCUGGCUGAAGCUGUUUCUGACCAAAGGCAGCACUGACAGAUUGAUUUCGGGCUCUUUGUAGGAAAAUAACUCCUCAAGAACCUCUCCCACCCUUUCCCUCGUUAUAAAUGAAACCCAAAGCUUGAGGGAUCUAAAACUGCUUCACAUUCCAUGUGUCCCACUGAAAUGGGAAAUAAAUUCCCUAUUUUUGGUGUCUCUGUUUACCACUCCCUAUUUAAGGGUGUUUAGUGAUAUCUGGAGUCUUCUGUAGCGAGGAUUCMGUUGAUGCCCCAUUCCAAAAACUCCUUUUUCCUGCCAAAAUGGGUCUUCAACGUGCCAGUGAAAUCAUUGUUACUGCAGUAGGAAAAGUUUUUAGGGAAAUAACUCCAAGGACCUGCUCCCAGUUUUUGUGCUGAUGUUCAGCCCUGUCCUGGCAGUGUGGUUUGGGUUGGAUUUUUACGCUUUUUAUGUCUCUCAUGAGUCUUUUAAUAAAAGUUUCCCUUUUAGCUGCA